AUGUGUUCCACUGAAGUAGCUCUCACGACCAUUAAAGUCAAUGUGUUAGGAAAAUCAGGCACGAGAGAAGUACGAGCGCUUCUCGACUGCGGAUCACAAAAAUCAUACAUUUUGAAGUCUACGGUACAGGAAUUAGGACUAAUUCCCAUUGCCGAGGAAACUGUAGCUCACACGCUUUUUGGAGGGGUUAAAAUUGAACCGAACGUACAUAAAAAGUAUCGGAUCAAGCUACCCUCUCUCAAUCCUUAUAUGAGAAAAGAAAUGGAAUUUGUGUUUUUGGAUCAGGAAGCUAUAUGUAGAAAUAUAGCACGCGUACAUAAGGGCCCUAUUUUAAAAGAACUUAAGUGUAAAAGGAUAUGGCUUUCAGACAUAGGAACAGGUUGCCCGAAGAUAGAGAUGUUAAUCGGCAGUGACAUUUACGGUUCAUUUCUUACAGGGAAAGUAAAACAGUCCGACGGAGGUUUGGCUGCAAUUGACACUACAUUAGGAUGGACUGUUUGUGGUCGACUUAAGGAGCAUUCCGAACUACAAAGUAGUGGUAUAUCUACUCUGAAUGUAAGUCUGACGUUUCGGGACCUAAACGUAUCCGAUCUUUGGAACUUAGAGACAAUAGGAAUUUCAGAUUCCAGCAGUAAUUCUACAAAGAACGCGGAAGAAGAUAUUGCUUGGGAACAGUUUUUAGGCUCCUUAGGUAAAAAUGAAGAGGGGAGAUACUGUGUUGGUCUACCCUGGUUAGAACAUAACAUAGAUUUACCAUCCAACCGCGAUAUUGCGGAAAAAAGGCUUCUCAGCACAACACAAAGACUUAAAUCUUUGAAUAUAUUUGAAGAGUACGAUAAGGUUUUUAGAGAAUGGCUUGCUGAAGGCGUGAUAGAGGAAGUUCCGGUGUGCGAUCUUAAGUCUAAAGGACAUUAUCUGCCGCAUCAUCCUGUUAUUAAACCGGAUAGUCUUACCACCAAGGUACGGCCGGUAUUUGACGCAUCAUGUAAAUCUAAACGAGCACCUUCUCUUAAUGACUGUUUGGUAAAGGGACCGAAUUUGAUCGAAGAAAUACCUGCCUUAUUAUUAAGAUUCAGAGAGAAACGCAUAGGAGUUACGGCUGAUAUAAGACGCGCAUUCUUACAAAUUGAACUUAAAAAAGAGGAUAGAGAUUUUUUAAGAUUCCUUUGGUGGAAAAAGGAUGGUCUCAUAAAGGUGUAUCGUCACACAAGGGUAGUUUUUGGUGUUAGAUCCAGCCCGUAUCUUUUAGGUGCUGUCAUUUCUUUCCAUUUGUCUCGAGUGUCUGCGGAGCGAAAUCACGUAGCAGAAAAGCUUCGAAAUUCUUUUUAUGUCGAUAAUUGUGUCACGUCUCUUGACACAGAGGAAGAGUUGAAGGAUUUUAUGGAUAAAUCAAUUGACAUUUUGGCAGAAGCUAAGAUGGACCUACGGAUGUGGACAUUCGGUCCUAUAAACGACGUUAAUAAAAUUUCGAGGAAUGAUAAUUCGGAAUCUCUUUCUAAGAAUCAGAUUUCAGUCUUGGGUAUUCUAUGGGAUAGAACGGAUGAUAGCCUUUCUAUUCAUAUUAAGCCUGUGCGAAAUCUAGACAACCUGUCAAAAAGAGAGAUUUUGUCCAUUAACACAGGGGAUUUUCGAUCCGCUAGGGUUCUUAGCUCCUGUAUUAUUACCGGCUAA